GGUGUGAUCACAAGAUAUCACAACAUCUGGUGGGCUGGCCAAAGAUCGCUUCCUCUUCAUCAGAUAGAUCUGUUCGAACGUGAAAAAGGUAACACAAAUUUGUUUUUCGACCAACGUUGCGAAAGACGAAAGCAAACAGACGAAAGCAAACAGACAAUGAGAGUCCUUUUUGUCGCCAUUUUGGCGGUGCUGCCUCGAUGCAUCUUGGCGCAACCGGCCGAUGGAGCCGGUUUGGUUACCGCAAAAGUUGCCGAUACUUUGUUGGAGAUGGACUUUACUACUUCUGGUGAGACCGGCCUUGGCCAUGACCAUGGUGCUCUCAAUGGAGAUGAGGAAGAGUGGAUGGGUCGUUCCGACAGGCUCAUGGACGAGCAAAUUGCCGACUUGGAAGAAAAGCCAAAUACCAUUCAAAACCUAAUGAAAGUCCUGUUCACUAUUGACUUGACCGAAUAUCCGGUCCUUGAGAACUUGGUGGAGAACUUCAAGAACUCUGUUGACGGUGCCUUAAACAAGAUCCCCCCUGCUGUUGAACUGGCAAAGGCUACCGUUGCUGAGGAGCGCCUAGCAAGGAAGGAGAAAGAACCUGCUUCGUCCAUGACGGCCACCCGUGCCCUCCGUAGUUCUGCUGCGGCUAAAAAACCAGAGGCCGAGACACACAGCCAUGGUAGUGAAGCUGUGCCAAAUGCCUACAAGAGUGAUAUUGGCUCUGGUGACUCUGAUGAUGAUGACAUUCUUGGCGAGUUUGACAACUACGAAACUACUACAAUGGAAUUUGAUUCUGUCAACGAUCUUCAGAAUGACACUGGAAGUGCUUACUCAUCAUCCACAUCCUCAAAGUCCAAAAGGAAGAAGACGGCAGGUGGCCGUGACCGUGGCCGAUUUCAUUCACGUGACCCCUUUGGCAGCCACACGAGCCCCCACCAUCACCGACACGAAUCCUUCAAGAAAAUCCACCAAGGACUUAAUGAUGGCAAUCAUGAUCACCUCAUGGGAAUCCUUGGGGGUGCUCAGGCACAUGCCACCAGGGCACACAGUGAGUUUAUGGACACACACACUGGUCGUCGCCGCCUCGGUGCAGACCAAGAACUGAUGGGACAUCAGUGCAUGCUACUGACAAAGUGUGCGAAGAAAAUGAGCCUGUACGAUAUCAUGGUGUACUUCUAUAGUGAUGACUUGGACCCUAGCACUGGUGAGCUUGACGAUUCAAUCAUUCACUUUGAUGAAACCAAUCUGCGAGAGAAGCACAUCAGAGCUCGUGAACUUGCAAGGGCUAUGUUUCAGCAAAAUAAGAACAAUCCUACUGACUAUGCCACCGAGUCCAAGGGACAAUGUAAUGCCCUACUCCAGCUGUUCCACAGAAACAUUGAGCACCAAGGAGUUCCCCAUUGGGAGGGCGCGACGGUUUCGCAGGUUUGCUUUUCUGAGGGAACACAGGUGUAUAUUGGAUUGGACCAGAUUGCCACCAAGGUCGGCCUCAAAACAGCAGACUAUGUUGCAAAAGAGAUGUACACAUGUGCCCAGACACUCCACAACUCUGAAGCUCGUCAGUCCCUAGGUGUUGCCGGAGAACCGUUUGUGUUCAGCAAAAGAGAAGCUGCUGCAUCCAUAAUCCGCUUGAGAUUGGCCUCUUCGAACUCCCAACAAAGAGGUCAGAAUGCCGACAAAUUGCUUGACAAAAAUAAGGGCACUUCUUACAGAGCAAAAGAGGGUGCGAAAACUGUCUCUAUUCGUUUUAUUGGCGCGGAUAUCAAAUUGUACAAGAUAGAUCGAAUUGAAUUUGUGUGGCGUGCUGCCCCCAAGAGAUUCCAGUACUAUGUAUCACCAGAUGGAAAAGCUUGGCGAAGGAUCUAUGAUAGCGCGACAAACACUGGCGGAAUUCUGACAAAAACCGGCACCAGUCAUGCUGGCGAUCACCUUCAAGUCUAUACGGUCAAGUUAGAUCCCUCCACAGCAAGGGGUCACCAUAUCCUGGUCAAAUGCUUUGACGGGAGCACAUGGAAGGGUGGCAACACCAACGUAGCAAUCAUCGGCAGAAUGGUGACUAUAUGGGGAACUUUGCCAGCGUCAACGUCCUCUGGAAAGUUCGAGGACGACUUCAUUGUGCCAAGGGGAUUGAAUUUCGAUAAAAUGGCUCGAGACAAACAUGGACAUGCCGUCGACCCAAGAGCCCCUUUGUAUGUAUACGAGGAGGAAACGGUGUACGAAAAUCUAGCAGAGUAUCGAGGCUUCCUCGAGGAUUUUUACAAGCAUCUUCACAGACAAUUCCUGGCACCCCACCCUUAUUACAAAUACCACCAUAAGGCGGCGGCAGGCUACGAAGCAGCUAAAAAAUUUCUUCAGGUUGUAAAACUUGCCCAGAAUGAUGACAGACUGAAGGAAUAUCUCAAGACAGCAGCGACUGCUGUAAAGGGUCCGAUCCUCAAGUAUCUCGGCAUGAAAAACCCAUGGGACAUAACGGAUUACAAGAAGCUGCAAGAAGUGUUUGGGGGAUCAUACAAAACAGUCCAGGAAGGCUUCGCGAUGGUGUUUGGUGAAAAAGUCUCGGUGGGUUUCGUGUGCGGAAUCAAAGAGGUGGUUGUGGAAAAAGGGCCGGAGAAAUUUCCAGGAACCUGUUGUCUUGACACACCAUACGACGGAAAUGGCGACAACUGGGGUAGGGAGCAUUCCUGCUCCGCGGAAUGCAAGCAUCCAGGUCCCUUUUUUGGUGGCAUCAAUGAACAUGCAUGCAAUGCCCAAGGAGGGACAUGGUGCCCAGUCCCAGCUGACUGCACUGAAUUGAAAGAGUGUGUCGAUGACCAGAUACAGAAGGCCAAGGACAGCGGCAAACUUGCCUACGAGAAAUACUUGGAACCAGCAGUGAUCAAAGAUCCAAUGAAUUUUGAGCAGUGCGGCAUGAGCAGAAAGUAUUUCGGUUAUGAAGAGUUGUAUACAAAUGACGAAGACAUCUGCGACAACUUUGCGCAGCUUCACAACACGAAGGAUUUUGGUUUCCUCGAGGAAUUUUUUGACCAAGGCAGUGGCGGUGGCGGUGGCGGCGGCGGCGGUGACGCUGAAUUGGUCCCACUGAUCCCCCCUUCUCGUAAAGAUUCCAAGGCGCUUGGAAAGAAGGAGAAUGUUUACAAGGGCACUCUCUUUGCGUUCCAGCAAGUGAUUACGAUUGCUGAGAUUAUCAAGGACAUCGUUGACGGAUUCAAGUGCCCAGACGAUCUCACGGGUGCCGUCCAGUCGGGUUGUGCUUCAGUUAGUAAUGCCGUCAUCGUUAUUGCUUCGGCGGUCAUUGCUGCGUUGAACAUCGUGCAUGACGUCCUCUACAUGAUUUUUGACACUCUUAUUGGGCCAAGCGAUGCGGCUGCCGUGGAAUCACACGAGAACACAGCCGCAGUCUUUGACAACAUGGAGAUCAUGUAUCAAAGAAUGCAUGAGGCAGAAGUGCGGCAACAGGAGAAACUAUCUUCCAUGGAAGAGAAACUAACAUCCAUUUUCGAGGCCACCGUGUCCGAGGAGAGGAAGCUGUCGGAGUUGGACCACACCGAAAACCAGUCGUUGGCGGGUUGAGGACGAGACAGGCGAGGGAAGGUCGAGCGCUGAAGCCAACUGGCUAGCUGCUCCCACUUUUGCCAACAUUCGACAAGCCCAAGACAACCAAAGCAUUCAGAAAACAAGAGAAAACAACAACAAAAGCAUUCGGAAAAAAAAGCAGACAAGACAAGAAAAGAUACUGAGGAAAGAGAGACCGAAUGGAUUAAAUAUAAUAAUAAUUAAAAGUGAAGAAACUUGUAGACCUGUA